GCGGCUGGGCCGGGGCUCGGCCGCUCGGGUCCCGCCAUGGGUGGCCGCAUCGAGUGCGUGUUCUUCAGCGAGUUCCACCCCACGCUCGGGCCCAAAAUCACCUACCAGGUCCCCGAGGACUUCAUCUCCCGGGAGCUGUUUGACACCAUCCAGGUGUACGUGAUCACCAAGCCCGAGCUGCAGAACAAGCUGAUCACCGUGACGGCCAUGGAAAAGAAGCUGAUCGGCUGCCCCGUGUGCAUCGAGCACAAGAAGUACAGCAGGAACGCUCUGCUCUUCAACCUGGGCUUCGUGUGCGACGCCAGAGCCAAGGCCUGUGCCCUGGAGCCCAUUGUGAAGAAGCUGGCUGGGUACCUCACCACCCUUGAGCUGGAGAGUGGAUUCAUCUCCAACGAGGAGAGUAAACAGAAGCUGGUUCCCAUCAUGACCAUCCUGCUGGAGGAGCUGAAUGCCAAAGGGAAGUGCACCCUGCCCAUAGAUGAGUCCAACACCAUCCACCUGAAGGUGAUUGAGCAGCGCCCAGACCCCCCCAUCGUGCAGGAGUACGAUGUCCCCGUCUUCACGCAGGACAAGGAUGACUUCUUCAACUCUCAGUGGGAUCUCACCACGCAGCAGAUCCUGCCCUACAUCGAUGGAUUCCGGCACGUCCAGAAGAUCUCAGCUGAGGCUGAUGUGGAGCUGAACCUGGUGCGCAUCGCCGUGCAGAACCUGCUGUACUACGGGGUUGUCACUCUCGUCUCCAUACUCCAGUACUCCAAUGUCUACUGCACCACACCCAAGGUCCAGGACCUGGUGGAUGACAAGUGCCUCCAGGAAGAGUGUCUGUCCUAUGUCACCAAACAAGGGCACAAGCGAGCCAGCCUCAGGGAUGUCUUCCAGCUGUACUGCGGGCUGAGCCCUGGCACCACCGUGCGAGACCUCAUCUCCCGCUACACCCUGCAGCUCCAGAGGGUGGAUGAGAGGAGGCUGAUCCAGUUUGGUUUGAUGAAGGGCCUGAUCCGGCGGCUGCAGAAAUACCCGGUCAAGGUGGCCCGGGACGAACGCAGCCACCCCGCCCGGCUGUACACGGGCUGCCACAGCUACGACGAGAUCUGCUGCAAGACUGGCAUGAGUUACAAGGAGCUGGAUGAGCGCCUGGAGAAUGACCCCAACAUCAUCGUGUGCUGGAAGUGACGCACUGAUAGCCCUCUCUAGAGCUGUGUCCCCUCACGCGUCCCCGCUGUGUCCCUCGCUGUCCCCGCCGCGUGUCCC